AUGGCGUCCAAACAGAACGGUACUGGCACCCCUCAUCUAAGAUGCGCAAAGUGUAUGGCCGCAUUUGCCGAUCUGCGCGACCUAUACCUUCAUCAGCAGAAACGGGGACACCUAGCUUGUGGUUCUUGUAAGCAGUCUUUCCAUGAUAUAAAUGCCCUAAUCAAGCAUCGAGAAGAAAACCAUAAAGCGGAACAAGACCUCCCCUGUCCCGGUUGUGGUACGAAGUUCGUCUCUGCAGGAACAUGGAUGCGCCAUAUCGAAAGGGGCGAGUGCCAUGCAAUCUUUCCUUCGGAGAUAUCUGGAAACAUUGUCCAAGCCGUAGAUUCCAUUACGAAGGCCUUAGGCGAAUCCAAAUUCGAGGAUGUGGACUACACCGUCAACCCGGGCAAAUCGUUUACUGAGAUCAGUGAUGUCUGGGGAGACGAAUGGAAAAAGGAGCAGAGCCUUGAUGCCCGAGACCACCCCGAGCGAUUUCCGAGAACCGCACAGCAGGAGUUCUACCAAGGCGGCUCGAAGCAGACAGACCUGCUGACGGGAGAUGAUGGAGCCAACCUUGAACAGCGCCCAUUCAAUGCUUGGGCUCAGAAGAAGAAUCUAUUCCCGGAGAAAGCAGCAGAUCGCGCUGUACCGCCUCCACCGUCUCUCCUUGAGAAUGUGACGAGACCGUCCUCCUCAGCCCAGCCUACUGGAGAACGCAUCACCAACCCGGACAACCCGGGCUUCAACGCGGGAUUGUUUUGGAAUCCCUUAUUGGGAAUUUUUAAAUGUCCCCACAAGGAUAAUUUUAGCUACAAAGAAUGUGGCUCGAAGCACACUACUGCACAGAGCUUGAUCGCCCAUCUAAAGUCAUCUGCGCAUACUAGUACUCGUUUUCAAUGCCCGGGAUGCACAAGUGUAUUCACAUCCGGCAGUGGAUGGGUUCAGCACGCAGAUUCUGUAAACGAAAAAAAGUGCCGUAUUCGAAACACGGGCUUUUAUAGACAAGUGCUGAGCACGGCUACCAAGGGUGCGUUGAGCAUCGAUGACCUCAUCAAGCUUGAGAAUGAUACGGCAAAGGUGAAGUUUGAUGAUGACUGGGCCACAUCCAAGCAACGUGGUGGGCCUGGUCCUGUGCCAGGCUCGGAGGCGUGGGUAAAGGAGAAGGAAGCUGGGGUCUCCAAGUCUCAGUCAGAUUCGGAGAAGUCUCAGCCAGGCCCGAAGAAGUCCCAAUCUGGCGCAGGAACGAAAAUUACCCACGAGGAGUACACAUGGUAG